AUGGAUAGUUAAGAAAACCUAAUAAAAUUUGUUUGUAUAUCAGAUACACAUAAUAAGGCUUAAUUACUAAACUUACCCAAAGGUGACAUUCUUAUUCACGCUGGUGAUUUCUCAAACAAAGGAUUUCCUGAAGAGAUAGCUAUGUUUAAUGAUUUUUUGAAAAAUAGCUCUUUUGAAGCUAAAAUAGUGAUUGCAGGCAACCAUGAUAUAACUUUUGAUGUAGAAAAUUAUACUAAAGGUCUAGCAAACAGGUUCCAUCAGAAAUUAAAAAAUCCUAUUGAUCCAAUUCAAACAAAGGCAUUAUUAAAAGAAUGUAUUUAUCUGGAAGACUCACUUGUUAAGAUAAGAGGAUAUUAAAUUUAUGGAACUCCAUUUACUCCUACUUACCAUGAUUGGGCUUUUAAUCUGAAUAUAGGAGAACCUUUAUAAAAAAAGUGGGCAUAAAUUCCUAGUAAUACAGAUAUACUGAUUACUCAUGGUCCUCCCCAUAAAAUUUUAGAUUGUUGUAGAAAUGGUUAGUAAGCUGGCUGUCCUGAUCUUCGCAAAACUGUAUUAGAAAGAAUCAAACCUUUAUAUCAUAUAUUUGGCCACAUUCACGAAGCAGCUGGCUUAGAAAAGAUUGAAAAUACAACUUUCAUAAAUGCUUCUUCUGUUGACUUAAAAAGAAAUACAACAGAUAAAAAUAUUUUUACAUUUUCACUACCAUUAAAGGACUGA